UCACAUUUUGGGCCUAAAUGUACGGCCCAUGAAAGUUUCACCAACAAUGGGCUCACCCAGUACAAUUGGGCCCAUUCCCAAAAUAAGCCUAAAUAGCUCUGCUCCCGAUGCUAACACUGUACAAUCGCGCCGCGCUCCUAUCGCCCUGCGCUGCGUUGCGUUCCGAUGGGCUCGGCGUUGCCGCAAACGCGCGCGCGAUGGCCCCCUGCGUUCCCGCCACCGCGAUUCCCACCUCCGCGCAUUUAAACUCCCUCUUCGCGCGCUGCGUCUCCUCGCUCCCCCUCCUCCGCCAACUCCACGCGCGCCUCCUCCUCCUCCACGGCCUCCCCCUCUCCACUGCGCUCGCCUCGCGCCUCGCCCACGCCUACUUCGUCUCCGCCUCCGCCCGCGAUGCGCGCCAUGUGUUCGACCAAAUCCCCCACCGAACCCCGCACGCGUGGAACACCAUGUUCGCCGGGUACUACCGCGCCCGCCUCCUCCCCGAGCUCCUGCUUCUCUACAAGCUCUCCCAUUCCCACAAUCACAGGCCCGAUAGCUUCGCCUUGGCCUUCGCCCUCCGAGCCUGUGCCGGCCUCUCUCUUCUCGGGCCGGGCUCGUCGAUUCACUCGCAGGCGAUCCGGUCCGGUCUCGAUGCGAAUGCGUUCGUGUCGCCUCCGCUGAUGAACAUGUAUGUCGAUUUGGGUUCUCUAGAUGAUGCAGAGAAGAUGUUUAACUGUGUUAAUGUGGCGGAUUCUGCUUGCUGGGGUCUCAUGAUGAAAGGGUAUUCGAGGGCAUCGGUGGAUGAGCAGGUCUUCGAUUUGUUUGGACGGAUGAAGGAAUUGAAGCUCGAAUUGGAUCCGUGCGCGGCGGUGUGUUUAGCUAGGGCUUGUGGGAAUAUUUGCGCCGCUAAAGAAGGGCGGGCGAUUCAUGGUUUCUGCAUAAAAACCAACUAUUUGGAUUGUAAUAUCUAUUUGAAAACUUCUCUGGUCGAUAUGUACGGGAAAAGCGGAUUCAUUGACUUUGCAUUGAAGUUGUUUGAUGAAAUGCCAUCAAAAGAUGUCGUUUCUUGGAGUUCCGUAAUCUCGGGAUUGGCCCAAUGCAGGAGAGGUUAUGAAGCGCUCCGAGUGUUUCGAGAUAUGUUAGAAGAGUCAAUAAUGCCAAAUGAGGUCACAUAUGCCAGUGUUCUUUUGGCGUGCGCUCACCUCGGAGCGUCGUUUCAAGGAAAGAGUGUCCACGGCUUUAUGAUCCGUAGUAAUAUUGAACUAGAUGUGGUUACUAACACUGCCUUAGUUGACAUGUAUGCAAAGUGUGGGUUUCCGUUACUGGCGUACAAGGUGUUUGGUAUUAUGCCCGUAAGGAAUGUCUUCUCUUGGAGCGCCAUGAUUGGUGCGUUCGGUGCACACGGAAUGUACUUGAGAGCACUCGAUCUUUUUGACGAAAUGAGGUCGGCGAAUCUCGCACCUAAUCAUGUCACAUUCGUUUCAGUGUUGUCGGCGUGCAGCCAUUCUGGUAUGGUUAAGGACGGGCGGAUCUAUUUCGAGUCGAUGACAAAGGACUAUAAGAUUACUCCGACAAAUGAGCAUUACUGUUGUAUGGUCGAUCUCCUUGGCCGAGCCGGGCUUAUCGAAGAAGCUCAAGCACUGAUUGAGGAAAUGCCAGUGAAGCCUAGUGCUAGUGUAUGGGGUGCUCUCUUGGGUGCUUGUAGAAUACAUAAGAGGGUAGAAUUAGCUGAGAAAGUAGCUGAGAAGCUCUUUGUUUUGGAGCCCAAUCAGCCAGGAGCUCAUGUAUUGCUUUCUAAUAUCUACGCUGCGGCUGAAAUGUGGGAGAUGGUCAAGAAGACGAGAGACGUGAUGAAUAAAAGAGGACUGCGGAAAACAUUUGGUUAUAGCACGAUUGAAGUCGAUAAAAUGGUCUACAUUUUUAAUGUCAUGGAUAGAAGAAACCGUAAGGACAACGAAAUUUUAGAGUUUUGGCGCGAGUUAAGUAACCAAAUGAAGGAAUUGGGUUAUGUGCCGGACUUAUCGUUUACUCUUCAUGAUGUUGAUGAUGAGAGCAAGGAAGAAGUGCUUUGCGGUCACAGUGAGAAGAUGGCGAUGGCUUUUGGGCUUUUGAGAACCAAAGAUGGUAUACCUUUAAGGAUAACGAAAAACUUGAGAGUAUGUGGAGAUUGCCACACUGCGAGUAAGUUUAUUUCUUUGAUCACAAAGCGGGAGAUAAUAGUGAGAGAUUCUAGGAGAUUUCAUCAUGUUAAAAAUGGUGUUUGCUCAUGCGGAGAUUAUUGGUGAUAAUUGAUAAUGUUUCCUUUUCUGCGUACAACAAAUUUUCUUCAGUUUUCAUCCACUCUUUGCACUUUAUAAGUAUAUAGCUCUAAAAUGACAAAAACUUUUGCCAAGUGUUUCAUCAUUUUGUUA